AGGAAAUUCCAUUGUCACAGCAUGAGUAAUAGCUAGGAUUUGGUUUCCAGAUCUAGUAAGCCAUAAACCUGAUUCAAUUAUAGGCCCUCAACCUUUUAAAUGUAGACCAUGUAACGGCUGAGGCUCAUAAUGGCGGGGUGCAUACCAGCGGGGCACAGUUUAAACAUAACCUCACCUGAGUCACUUUCACACAUUGCGACUACAACCUCAGUCUCAGUCUCAGUCUCAACCUCAUCUCUCAAGUUCGCCACUAAAAAUGUCUCUCACAAACGCCUCCCCCGAGGCUGCAGCUAGCGCCGCAAAGACAGCAUCUUUCACUCUCGCAACCCUCCCUGCCAGCGAGCGCAACAAUGCACUUGAAGCCAUCCACGCUGCCUUGACGGCCUCAAAAGACGAAAUCCUCGCAGCCAACGCCAAGGAUCUUGAGCUGGCAAGGAAGGCUGCUGAUGAGGGCGGUCUUAGCCAGGCUCUUGUAUCGCGAUUGGAUCUUGGAAAGAAGGGAAAGUGGGAGGAUAUGCUCAAGGGAAUCUUGGAUGUGAGGGAUCUAAAUGACCCAAUUGGCCAGAUUCAGAUGAGAACAAAACUCGAUGAUGAUCUCAUCAUGGAGCGUGUCUCAUGUCCCAUUGGCGUCCUCCUUAUCAUUUUCGAGGCCCGUCCCGAAGUCAUCGCCAACAUCGCUUCUCUUGCUAUCAAGUCUGGAAAUGCUGCCAUUCUCAAGGGUGGGAAAGAGUCUACAGAGUCCUUCGUGGCCAUCUCAAAGGUCAUCUCAUCAGCUCUUGAGACCACAAAGGUCCCCAACUCAGCCAUCCAGCUCGUCACAACCCGCGACGUCAUUUCCCAGCUCCUCGCUCAGGACCGCUAUAUUGAUCUUGUCAUUCCUCGCGGAUCGAAUGAACUUGUUCGUUACAUCAAGGAGUCCACAAAGAUUCCCGUUCUCGGCCACGCUGAUGGUCUCUGCCAUAUCUACUUGACAGCCUCUGCCAAUAAGGAAAAGGCUAUUACUGCUAUUGUGGACUCCAAGACAAGCUAUCCUGCUGCCUGCAACGCUGUCGAAACCCUUCUAGUCCAGGAAUCGGCUCUGAAUACCAUCUUCCCUGCUGUUGCUUCCGCUCUUGCGGCCAAGGGGGUUUCCCUCCGAGUCGACGAGCCCAGCAAGGCUGCCAUUUCUUCUCUUUCACUGGAAGGUGUUCAAGAUGCCACCCCUCAAGACUACGACACUGAGCAUCUAUCCCUCACCAUUGGCGUAAAGACUGUUUCCUCUAUUGACGAGGCCAUCACCCACAUCAACACCCACGGCUCUCACCACACCGACGCUAUCAUGAGCUCUGAUUCUGCCGAGGCCGAACGUUUCAUGAACGAGGUUGACUCAGCUGGCGUAUACUGGAAUGCCGCUACUCGUCUUGCCGACGGCAUGCGUUAUGGUUUCGGUACCGAAGUUGGUAUCAGCACAAACAAAAUUCACUCUCGUGGUCCAGUCGGCCUUGAUGGACUGACUAUUUACAAGUACAAGAUCAGAGGCGACUACCAAGCUACUGCUGACUAUGGAGACGGAGAAGGCAAGAAGCCCUGGAAGCACGAGAAGUUGUCCCUUUAGACAACUGCUUGCAAAAAGAAAAAAGAAGAAAGAAAAUCGACGGCAUAUCACGGAGGCGUUGGGUAAAGUUUAACAGCUAUAAAAAAUAGUAGGCUGUUCAAGUCACGGUUUCAACACAAUUAUAGCGAUCCUUUGUGCUACUGCAUUUGUCUCAUUAUUCUAUGUUGUGCCAAUGUUGACCCAAUAACAAAAGUCCGUCUUCAUCGGACUUCGCAGAAAGUGUUUCGAUUUAUCCCCCCGAAGCACAUGUUUUAGUCAGCCGGCACUCCAAUGACCUCAGGUUAGGAAUUCGUAAGCACAUCAUAGCGAGCUGGUCUCGUACUGCUUGAUCAACUCGUCAAGCUUGGUGCCUUCAGACUUGAAGUCUAAGGGCGUGACAGUCAUCACUUGGUAGCGUAUCCUACAAAAGCGAUAUUAGUAUUUGAUUAAUAAUGAACAUGAUCAUCCUG